CUUCUUUUUCUUUGGAAAGAAAAGAAGAGCACAUUGCAAAUAGCUGUAAGCCUGUAACGCUGUUGGAACAGGCAGCAUCGAAGCGAUUGUUUUGCUGAGAGCGACAAAUAACUAAAGCUUUGUAUUUGCCCAGCUCAAGAAAUAUGCUUUUGUGAGGUAAAGCAGGCUCCAUCAAUUGCCGGCAGCCAGCAGCCAGAGUACCCCACUACUUCACAUCUUUACUCGAAGCAGCUCCGAAUUUUCAAUGGCGAAACACAAGGCAAGUGGCCCCAUUUUGGCUCCCCAUUUUCCAAAAGCUUCUCUUUUUCUAUCCCUCUCUUUAAUUUGGAUCCCCAUUAGCUUACCUAGCCUCCUUUUAAUUCCAUCACUCCAUUCCCAUUCCAUUGUUCAUGUUCUUGCGUCUUGUUGCUCUAGCUUUUGCUUUACUAGUAGGCCAUUAUUGCACUCUUGGUGUGAGCUGAUGAGCUGAGCUCUUCUAGCUUCGUCUCUAGAUCGUCUUCUUGGUGGAUCUUGCUGCUAGCUAGCGCAAGAUUAAUGGCGACUCCUUAUCAUUUCCAGUCUCCAAGAACCAUCCUGACCAAGAUGCUGCACAUGAAGCAGCUGCCACUGCCGCCACCGCCGCCGCCGCCGGAGCCGAAGCUGAUCCUGCAGCCGAGGCAGAGGACAUCGCCGGCCAUGUGGUGCGCCGCGAUCGUCUGCUUCGCCUUCAGCCUCCUCCUGAUCAUCGCCGGCGCGGUGAUCCUCGUCGUGUUCCUGGCGGUGAAGCCCAGGGCGCCGUCGUUCGACGCCGCGAACGCCACCCUCAACGCCGUGUACGUCGGCUCGCCGGCCUACGUCAACGGCGACAUGACGCUCGUCGCCAACGUCUCCAACCCGAACCAGAAGAUGGACGUGGUGUUCCGGUCGGCCGCCGUGGAGCUCUUCUUCGGCGGCAGGCGGAUGGCGGCGCAGGCGCUGCCGCCGUUCGCGCAGCGGCGGGGGCAGUCGCAGAUCAUCAACGUCCACAUGGUGUCCAGCCAGGUGGUGCUGCCGCCGGAGCUGGCCGUGGAGAUGGUGAACCAGAUGAGGAGCAACAGGGUGGUGUACACCAUCAGGAGCACUUUCAAGGUGCAGGCCAAGCUCUGGUUCUGGCACUACAGCUACUGGAUGUCUGCACUCUGUGACCUGGAGCUCACUGCUCCUCCCUGUGGUGUUCUUGUUGCCAGGAGGUGCAGCACAAGAUAGACUGACACUGAUUUAGGGAUUCAGAUUUCUUCCUCUCCUCCUUUUUCUCUCUUUUUUUGUUGUUGUUUUCUUGUGUGAAAACAAACUCUAGAGUGUUUUCAUCAUGAAAUUGGGCAAGACAAGGCAAAUCAUACUGAUGUGGAUUUGGAUUCUGGGGCUGGCUGCUGCUUCCUCUUUCUUGUUUGCUCAGUUUCUCCUCUGGAGCAAGGAAGCUUCAGGCAGCACAGCAGCAGAGGUUGUGGCAACCUGAACAUAGUAUACUCUACAUGGAAUGGAAGUAUGGAAAACAUUGCUUGUGUGUUGGAACACAGGAAAUUCUUGAUUCUAUCAGUAGUUGUUCGUUUGCUACAGAUUGAAAUGACAUUCGAGGAUGCAUCAGUGCUAGACCAAGCUUAACCAAACGGUAGUCGAAGGCAAAAUAACUCCCAUC